UGGGCCAGUUAGUUGUCUGCCAUGAAAUAUGGCCAGCGAUUUAAAUUAAUAAAGCCCCAAAAAUGUUGUUUAUGGAAAGCUAUUUGUGCUAUUGCUCAGUGCGUCUUGGCGUUAUGAGUGUCGGUGUUUUGAGCAUUAUCUUUUCGAUAACGCUCAGCACCGUCUUCUUUGUGCGCGGUGCGCAUCUGUUCGAUCAACUUAUCGACCUGCUCGAAAAUGACUCACAGUAUAAAUCUAGCAACGCUGUACGAAAACUCAUUAACUGGAUACAUGACUCACCUGAUAAUGUUAUGAUAUUUCUGCAAGUCAUGUGCUAUGUUCGCAUAGCCAGCGCCAUAUUGGGCAUCAUUGGAGCUUGGAGGCUCCACAAAUGGCUGUUGCUGCCGUUGGCUUUUAUGGAACUCGUGUAUUUCCUGGGCAUCACAAUCAGUCACAUUGUCCUGAUGAUUGUGCUGAAGAAGCAGAUCAACCUGGGCCUACUCAUUGUGCUCACCUUGGUGGGCAGUUUCUAUUGUCUUUUUGCUGGCUAUAAUUGCGUGGCAUGCAUUGCCCUGUUCCAAAUUAUAAAUCUGGUGCGAAGCAACAAAUAUCGCCAGCUCUACGGCGAAGAUCCGUUUAAUCCGCUGGUCAUGAGGCGUCCACGCGGCGAGGUGCAGGAGCUGCGCGUGCUGGGCACACCCGAGGACACCGACAUCGAUGAGCAGAAGCGAUUGGCCAAGCUGGGCCUCUGGCCGCGUCGUCAUCCGCAGGUAAUUUCCGUCAUUCCGAUGCAGACGCCGGCCGUCAAUCUGAAAUGGUGGCAGCAGCAGGCCCUCGACAGGGAUGAACAGCUCCACGAUUCGGCUGUCUAUCGAAACUGGCAGCGCGAUGAGCUGCUGCGGGGCGUGGGCGGCGAGGUGGAGCGCAAAAAUGAAUUGAAUCGCCGCUACGCAGAGGUGCAACACUUCCAAUGGCGCUAGCUGAGCCAAAGGUGAUGGGAUCCAUUGAAACUUAUCUAAAAUUGGAUUGGUGAUGCGACUACACUAUAUUUGCUUAAAGAGAGAGCUUUAAAAC